CUCUCUCUCUCCCCCACCCCUCCCACCCGAUCCUCUCUUGGAUCUCGCCGCGCGCUCGAAGGCAAGCGGGGCCGCGAUGCCUGCGGCGGCCGUUCCCGGAGGCGGCGGCGCCGCCGACGCCGAGGAGCUGUUCCGCACCAAGCGCAUCCCGGAGAUUCGCGCGGCUGAGGGCGCCACCCGACGCGAGAUCUCCGCCAAGGAGGAGGAGCUCCGGCAGCUCGUCGGGCGCAGCUACCGCGACCUGCUCGACUCCGCGGACUCCAUCCUCCUCAUCAAGCAGUCUUCCGAUGCCAUAUCGGACAACCUCGCCCGCAUCUCCGGCUCCUUGUCGUCGCUCUCGCCGCCCCCUGAACCCUCUCCCGCCGUAAGCGCCGCCUCGCCGUCCCCGUCUGCUGGAGGGCGCGCGAGGCUGUACGCGCUCGCCGCGCGCGCCAAGUACCUGGUUGACACGCCGGAGCACAUCUGGGGCCGGCUCGACGAGGGCCUGCUCCUGGAGGCGGCGGGGCGGUACCUGCGAGCUCAGGUCGUGCACGGGCGGCUCUCCCGCGACGCCGCGGCCGCCGCGCGGUUCCCGCUCCUCGCGCACCAGGCGCAGCUCGUGGAGGCGUUCCGGCCGCAGAUCGCCCAGCGCGCGCGCGAGCGCCUCGCCGACCGCCGCCUCCCUGUAGCGGCCCACGCCGACGCCCUUGCGGCCGUGGCCGCGAUCGACGCCCCGUCGCUUGCCCCGGCCCAGGCGCUCCUCCUGUUUCUCACCUCGCGCCGCGCUUGGAUCUCUCAAGCCCUAGCUGGGCUCGCCUCGGAUCUGUCAUCCUACACCUCUGUGCUGUGCGAUAUCUCGAGGAUCGUGCGGAUCACGCUUGGCCACGUUGGACAGUUGUUCGUGCCUGCACUCAGUGAUAUGCCGUUGUUCUUCAAGACGGUGCUUGAGAAGACCCCGCCUGAGCAGUUGUUCGGUGGCAUUCCAGACCCUGAUGAUGAAGCACGGUUGUGGAAGGAGCACAUGAAUCAGAUCGAGGCUACAAUGGUGCUGCUUGAGCCAGAUGCUGUUGCACGGGCCUGUACGGAUUGGCUCAAGGAAUGUUGCACUGAAAUUUUUGGUGUGAUUGCUGGUGAGCAAAAGUUGGUUGAUGCCAUUGGGAGUGGGGAGCUGCUUGGGUCAGUGCAAAGGCUUGUACGUGAUGCACUAGAUGGGAGGGACGGAUUGGAGGGAAGUUUGGAGCAGUGGCUGAAGAGCGUGUUUGGGUCAGAUAUUGAGUCGCCAUGGGAUCAGAUCCGUGGGUUAAUCUUGAAGGACGGCAAGGAUAUUUUUGAGGAUUGGAUGGAGGAAGCAUUUGUGCGGCGGAUGAAGGACAUUGUGCAUUCAGAGCUUGAUGGAUUGGGUGCUUGUGUUAACGUGAAGGAAUCAGUUCAUGCUAUUGGUGCCAAUGCUGAUCCAAAGGAUGCUGGAGAUUUCCUUGCAUACCUGCGGAAAUCUUCAAAGGGCGGUGGUUUCUGGUUCUCAGAGUCUAAGAUCAAGAAAGGUGGAGUUUUGGCACACUUGAAGCCAAUUGCUGAUGAAAAUGAUUUCCAUAGCUGCCUAACAUCGUAUUUUGGGCCAGAAGUUAGUCGGAUCAGGAGUGCAAUUGACAGCAAAUGCAAGAAUAUCCUUGAUGAUCUGUUAAGCUUUGUGGAGUCACAUAAUUCAGCACCAAGGCUGAAGGAAUUGGUGCCAUACCUCCAGGAGAAAUGCUACAGGACCAUCUCGAGAGUAUUGAAAGAAUUAGAAGCUGAGCUCAGAAAGCUCUCUGCUUUGUUGGGAACCAAAAAGGAGGGUAACGACAUACCUGCAGCUUCUAUUAUAGCGGAGAGGUCUCUCUUCAUUGGUCGUCUCUUGUUUGCGCUGAGAUACCAUUCAAGUCAUGUACCCCUAAUACUAGGUUCCCCAAGGGAGUGGGUAAAGGAGGCUGGUGGUGCAGCAUUUGCCAGGUUAUCAUCACCUACACCAAGACAUUCGAGGGCAUCUUUCGAUUCUUUGGUAUCUUUUACACCCAGAAGGCGCACAUUUGACGGUCCCAGGAGUCCUGGAAGGCAAUUCUCGGAUAGCCCCAGAAAACAAACUAUUGCUGCUGCAGUGUCUUUGUUUGGAGCUGAUGAUAGAUCCAAUCCUAGACUUGAUGAACUCAAUAAGACCCUGCAGUCACUUUGCGUCAUGGCUCAUAAUGUAUGGAUAGCAUGGGUGUCCACUGAACUAUCUCGCAUUCUUUCAUAUGAUCUCAACAAAGAUGAUUCACUAUCCUCUUCGACUCCUUUGAGGGGCUGGGAAGUCACAGUAAUUAAACAAGAGGAAUCAACUGAGGGUCCCUUGGAGAUGCAAAUAGCUCUUCCGUCGAUGCCUUCAUUGUACAUCAUAUCCUUUCUUUAUCAAGCAUGCUUGGAGAUUCAUAAGGUUGGAGGGCACAUCCUGGACAGGAUCAUUUUACAUAAUUUUGCAUGGGAGCUACUGCAGAAGGUCAUCAAUAUUUAUGAAAAAUUUCUUUCAUCUGUUGAAUCUGGGAAUUCUCCGGUUUCAGAGAAAGGAAUUCUGCAAAUACUGCUAGACUUGUGUUUCAUUGGUGAUGUGCUAUCAGGAGGUAAAAGUUCUUCCGCCAACACUACUGAAAUGCAGACAAAACAGGAUUCUUUGCCAAGCACCGUCACCAAGACUUCCUUCAGGAGAAAACAGUCACAAUUACAGGCAGACUCAGCUGUCAUAGAGCCUAUAAACAAGUUAAUCAACAGGCUCUCACAGAGAUUGGAUCCUAUAGACUGGGCCACGUAUGAACCUUACCUGUGGGAGAAUGAGAAGCAAUCUUACAAGCGUUAUGUUGUUCUUUUUGGUUUUUUGGUCCAACUGAAUCACAUGUACACUGGUACUGUACAAAAAUUACCAACGAAAUCAAAUACAGAUUCAAAUAUCAUGAGAUGCUCUCAGGUUCCAAGAUUCAAGUACCUACCAAUCAGUGCCCCAGCUAUAUCAUCAAGAUCACACAAAUCAUCACUACAGUCGCCGUCUAGCGACUCCACAUCUAAAAGUCCUUGGAAAUCCUAUUCAAAUGGAGAUAGAUCUACUACACCAGAGUUUGAUGAUAAUGCAAGUCUUGUCGGUGCUGCUCCAUUGCUUAAGUCAUUUGUUACUCAGGUGGGGAGCAAAUUUGGGGAGAACACAUCGAGAUGGGGGUCCAUGCUCUCUGACGGGCAGGUUGGUAAGCUAAGUGACAUCCUUCCGGGACCAGCAGCUGGGUUUUUCUCUUCUUUCACAUCUGGAACUCGAUAUGAUUCAUAGUAAUGGCACCAUGACCCUUGAUCUUUAGCCCUUACUACACGUCAUACGGAAACCCACAUGUGUCAUCAAGAGAGCAAAAGAACUGUUGGCAAGUGUAAUAUGCCUUUGGAAAUCUGCUGCUCACAGAAUGAUGCCACAUUGCUGGUCCAGUGUUGCUUGGCAUAUCCUGCCGCGCCUCUGCACAUCUUAUUGUGACUAGACAGUGUCAUGGAGAAGCUCAGGAAAUUAUGAUGGAGAAGACGAGAUUUAUUCUAUAUCGGCUGCCCACAUGUUGAAUGAGCAGUUAAGGAAAUCAAGUUUGGUUUCAGUGUGUUUCCUGCUUGCAAUUUGACUUGGUACAUAGGACAGAGCAAGUGCAACUCGCCGCUGAUACUAGCCUCACUUUUUGGUGUGACUCAUGUUGUGGAUACGCGGCACUUGAAGUUGUGAAAAGAAUUUUGGGGGUCCAUUCUUUCUUUCUUAUCUUUGGCUCGAGUUGGCUGAUUUUUUUCACCGGAACAGUUCUGGAACUGCUGGGGUUGUGGUUUUAUCAUGUAGGCAAAGUUGCAAAAUGUGUACACUGGAAAUAUAGGAAUAAUACAGUCUGUAUCAUGCGUUCAUGUCCAUUCAGCAUGAUGUCUUCUUCGUUUGUCUACAUGUGUGGUUUGAAGCUGUUAGGUACAGUUGCUGAUUUUAUACGUGCCUAAGCCUAAUUAGAGUGCAGAGAUUAUAGCAAAACAAGCAUCUAAGCAUUACCAUGGAAAAUUUGGCUGGCGGCUGUGAUUGGUUCCCCGUA